UCGCUCAGUGGUGAUGCUGGAACACCAAGAGCAACAGACUGAAGCGUAAUUGUUGUAUUUAUUACCUUUUUUUAUUUAAGAAUAAGGAGGGUAAAGAUAGAUAAGAAUAAGGAGCAUCUUUGGGAUUGGAAAGACUGAAGAAGAAUACACACAAAACGAGCCGAAUAAACACCUGUCCUUAUUUAUAUUUAUAUGCGUGGGGGAGCAUCAGCGUUUCCUGGACCUGUACAGAUUUCUUUCGGAUUAUAAUUGAUGCAUCGCAUUUUGCUGUCCUUUUUGGACGAACACGGUCGUGCGUGUAGUUGUAGCGAGGACAUUUUCUUGCAUCGAACAUUUUAUAUUAACGUUAUUAUUCCGCGUUUCCUUGGACUAUGGGCUCGACCCCGGGCCAGAGCUCGAGCAAUGAGUCCCAGCUCUUGUCCGGAGAUAAACUCGUCUCCCAGCAUGGAGCGAGCCGACUGCUCUCAGCGGAAACACGGAGCAGCCGUUAGCUUCGUGCUAACUGGGUCAGAAAAUGACAGCUUAGGCCAGCUAGCGAGCUCCGUCACCUCUCCAUCUCUUAUUACUGCUGCAGUCUGAGGAGAGAACGCCUGUCCACACACACACACACACACACACACACCACCACCACCAAGGACUCGGUUAGUGCUUCUGUUGCCACUGCUGUCAAGGACAAUAUAUAAACAUAAAUAUAAAUAAAUAUAUACAGCGUGUUUCAGACAGUGUUAGCCGUUUAGCUUUGAUGCGCGCGUGCAUGUCGUCCUCCUCGGGGUAACGGUUAUGGGGAAGAGAAGAGACACUGUGUCCACGUUCAGUCCUGUCCUUCUGCUCAGCUAGUGCUUAAGAUUUCUCAGUAUUCCUCCACACACACACACACACACACACUGGACAGACAUGGAGGUAGUCGGAGACUUCGAGUACAGCCGGAAAGACCUGAUAGGACACGGAGCCUUCGCGGUCGUCUUCAAGGGGAGACAUAAAAAAAAGACAGAUUGGGAAGUGGCCAUCAAGAGCAUUAACAAAAAGAAUCUCUCCAAGUCUCAGAUUCUGCUUGGGAAGGAGAUCAAAAUUUUGAAGGAACUGCAGCAUGAGAACAUCGUGGCGCUCUAUGACGUCCAGGAAACACCUAACUUUGUUUUUCUUGUAAUGGAGUUUUGCAAUGGAGGAGAUCUGGCAGACUAUUUGCAAGCUAAGGGUAUUUUGCGGGAGGACACCCUGAGGGUGUUUCUCCAGCAGAUAGCAGCCGCCAUGCGUGUCCUUAAUAGCAAGGGUAUCAUCCACCGAGACCUCAAACCCCAGAACAUCCUCCUGUCCUACACCGGCCGCAAGAAAUCCAGUGUCAGUGGCAUCCGCAUUAAAAUUGCUGAUUUUGGCUUCGCACGAUAUCUCCAGAGCAACAUGAUGGCGGCCACUCUGUGUGGUUCGCCGAUGUACAUGGCUCCAGAAGUAAUUAUGUCCCAGAAUUAUGACGCCAAAGCCGACCUGUGGAGCAUCGGGACAGUUAUUUAUCAGUGUCUCGUGGGGAAGCCACCUUUUCAGGCAAACAGCCCACAGGACCUGAGGAUGUUUUAUGAGAAAAACAAGACACUGGUGCCAAACAUCCCACGGGAAACAUCUCCUCCCCUUGCUGAUCUGCUGCUGGGUUUACUACAGAGGAAUCAGAAGGACCGGAUGGAUUUCGACACAUUCUUUAGCCAUCCCUUCCUGGAACAAACGUCAAACAUAAAAAAAUCUUGCCCUGUACCAGUGCCCACAUGCCCCAGCUCGGUGUCGGAGAGCACCUGCGGCAGCUCGCCCUCCUGCCGUUACGUCUCACCUCCGUCUUUGCCGGACAUGCAGACUCUGCCUGAAGACGUGCUCUCCUCGCCGCCACUCGGCCCGCCAAACUACCUGCAGCUGUCUAAAGAGUCUGGUGGCAGCACCAGCAGCAAGAACUCCUCCUGCGAUACAGACGAUUUUGUGCUGGUGCCGCACCUCUCUGGAGAACAGUCCUAUGACCUGCCCAUGGGAGCCACCGGGCGGAGAUCGUCUAGUGAGUUUCUGCUAUGUGGAGGGCAGCCGCAGCCCCCGUCAGGUCAGAAUCCUGUGGUUUCCCCGAGAACAGAGACCACGCCGAUCCCUGUGCCCACUCAGGUGCGCAACUACCAGCGGAUCAAGCAGAACCUUUCCAGCAGCCCGACCACCACCCUCUACGGCUCACCCAGGUCCGGUACAGUGCGGCGCUCCAACACCAGCCCUAUGGGAUUUCCAAAAGCUGCCUCCGGCUCCCCCAGCCCUGCUGAUGCUGCCCAGACUGUGGGUCGAAGACUCUCCACUGGCAGUUCCCGUCCCUACUCGCCUUCACCCCUGGUGGCUACUAUUCCUGAACAGCUGGGCCACUGCUGUUGUGGACAUCCCCACAGCCAUGAGGCGCGCAGUCGCAGCUCAUCUGGUGGUUCUCCCGUGCCCUCAUCUCAAUUGCUGGGCGCCCGACUCCAGAGCGCGCCCACCCUGACCGAUGUCUACCAAAACAAGCAGAAACUCUACAAGCAGCUGUCGGAUCCAGUGCAGCCUACCUGCUCAGCCUAUCCACCCACCCACUCACCUCAGCUGGGACGCCCCGGUAACCUGGGGACCUCUCCUACCAAGCACCUUGGCUCCUCCCCACGCACCUCUGACUGGCUACAAAAGUCUCCCCUGCCCACGAUCAUUGGCUCACCAACCAAGACCACUGCUCCUUUUAAAAUCCCUAAAACCCAGGCCUCGUGCAACCUUAUGGCCCUCGCCUCUCAACAGGGCAUAGUGGACAGCUCUAAUUCCAGUAAGAUGUCCACCGAUGCUCGGGAGAUCUGUCCCCACCACUGGUCGCCGUACCCCAGUGGGCGACAUUCGGCUUCCGAGAGCCCCAAAACUACAUUUGGCAGGUCUGUGAGUACCGGCCGUUUGUCAGAGCAGCCUGUAAGAAUCACUCUGGGAGGACAGACGUACCAGGGCAGUACAGACAGUCUCAACAUGGAGAGACCUAUGGACACAGCCCCUGCAGGGUCAUGUGGUUUGGCAGUGGGCGGUGCGAGUCCACGUACUGUAGUUUUUACAGUCGGCUCGCCCCCCAAAAGCAGCACCCCUCCCACUUGCAGCCAUGUGAGCACACGCCCUCGCACCACUUCAGUGGGGUCAAACAGUUCAGCAGGCUCGCUGUACUCCACCAGCGGAAAGGCAUGCACAGGUUCUCCUCCUGCUAUGGCCAUGGGGAGUUCUCCCCCCAGGGCAGAAGCAGCCCCAAGCAGCCUACGCUACGUCCCCUAUGGCACCUCUCCACCCAGCCUUGACGGCUUCAUCACUUUUGAGGCCCCUGAGCUCCCAGAAGAGACGCUGAUGGAGAGAGAGCACACGGACACACUAAUGCACCUGCGGAUGAUGCUGUCCUUUACGGACUGUGUGUUGGAGAUGGCUGCUGUGAGAGCAGGAGGAGCGGACCUUGGCAUUUCCGCAGCUUCGCUUUACCCACCUCAGGAGAGUGUAGUGGUGGACCAGAUCAGCCAGCUCAGCAAAGAGUGGGGGCAAGUGGAGCAGCUGGUGUUGUACAUGAAGGCUGCUCAGCUGCUCGCGUCGUCUCUUCACUUGGCUAAAGCUCAGAUCAAGUCUGCCAAGCUGAACCCUUCUAGCGCUGUCAAACAAGUGGUUAAAAGCCUGAACGAGCGCUACAAGAGCUGCAUAUCUCUGUGCCGCCAGCUCACGGACAAACUCAACCACUUCUUCUCAGACAAGCAGCGAUUUGUGGAUGAGAUCAACAGCGUGACUGCGGAGAAGCUCAUCUACAACCAUGCUGUGGAGAUGGUGCAGUCGGCAGCGCUGGACGAGAUGUUCCAGCAGACCGAGGACAUCGCGUACCGCUAUAACAAAGCCGCCAUGCUGUUGGAGGGUCUCUCUAAGAUCCUGCAGGAUCCGGCGGACGUAGAGAACGUGGCUAAGUAUAAGGCGAGUGUGGACCGGAGGAUCUCUGCAUUGUGUUACUGCACUGUCACGUUGUAUGAAUAGAACCCUGACACACACUGGCCACAGGGACCAUCGUCCUUCCAAGUCACUCGUACUAGAGGGUCCUCUCCCUCCCACUUCUUCAACUUCGUAGCAGCCAGAGCACUUUUCCUUUUUAAUAUAAUAAAUAUCAUUUCUCAUAAAAUCACCAAACCCAACUGAACAAGUAUUAUUAUUAUUUUUUUUUUCAUAAAGAACCUCUUGCACCAAGUCACUACCAAAGAUGAAAUGCAACAACAACAACAACAGUACAAAUUCAAUACAGACUCAAGUAAUGAGGCAUUGGACUCAGCAAGCUGUCUCUUGUUUCUCCUCAGAGCGCAUCUUUUAGCGUUUUUCUCUUUUUACACUGAGGACUGGUGUUUUUUUUUUUUUGUUUUUUUUUAAACAUCUCUGUUUAAAAAAAAAAAGAAAUACUGUAUUAUGUGUUAAUAGUGUUGAAAUUAUUUAUUGGUUUUAGGAGGAUACUAGAGUCACGUCAUAUUGUCAUGUUUGGAUGCUCUCCUUGAUUGGACUGUAAUUUGCACGCACACACAAACACACACGUGCACACAUUCACUCGACCAUCUUUAGUACAGCGACCUGAGACUUGUAACAUAAUUUUAGUUUUUCUGUUUUCAGAUCAAAUGCACUUUAUUGAGACAGAUGUGGAAAAGACUUGUGCUAGGAACCCAGACUGAGCUGUACUUUACGACUCCACAGGCUGUAAAUAGAAAAGGAAAAAAAAAAGCCUGCCAUGUACAGGGACGAGAGUUUUUCGCGGGUUUUUCUGCGAUCAGGAUCGGUCAUGACAUCCAUAUCUGUUAGCGGUCAAGAUACUUGAGACAUUUCAUUUGUUAAUAUAGAAUCAAGCAUUCUGUUUGUAUUAAUACUGGAUUUUUUGUUUUCUCUUUUUAUAAACUGACGUUUGCGUCAUGUAAAUAAUUUGAAUGUGUAUGUGCGAUGAUUUUUUUGUUUGUUUGUUUGUUUCUGAAUGAAGGUAGUUAAUUAGUCGUAAGAGCUGUUGAGGGAUUCCCUGCCACUCGAUCCAAGAGCACAAGUCUUUUUUUUUUUUUUUUUAAAGCUGUUUGAUACUUACCCACUACUGCCAUUCAGACUCUUAUACAGUCCUCAAGGAAGAGACCUCAUGUUUGUCUUUGCAUGGCAGCUCAGAAUUCAGAAAACCUGCUCUUUUUGUUUUGGAGUGCAGGUAGAUAAGGAUACGAAGGAGAAAUGCUAAUGUGAACUCUCUCUUUCUCUCUCUCUUUCUCUCUCUCUUUCUCUCUCUGCCAGGGAGUUUGCGGCCAAGCUGGCUCUGCCUUUCCCUGGCUCUGUGUGUGUAUGUAUGUAUAUAUAUAUAAAUAUGAAACUGUAUAUACAGUAUAGGGGUGUGCGUGUAUGUGUGAGAGAGACGGCACUACUGAAGUACACUAGAGGCCAGUUGAAGAAACCUGAACUAAAAAGAGGAGAACUUUUACUCUGCUUUCACAUGUCUAUUUGUUAAGAAGAUAAGAACCUCCUGGUAUUACAGAGCAGGCCCGGCAUUGAUGCUGACUCCAGUGUAUACUUCUUCGCUAUUAUUUUAUGUGGUUUAUAAAUUUUAUUCUCAUACUUCACCUUCAUAAAUCCUUAUUGUACAAGGCGGGGGAAAAAAAACGUAAAGAUAUUCUCCGGGCUCUUUUUAUCGAUUCCAUGCACAGGCCUGUAGUUUGUACAGAAGGUGUCACUUUCAGGCUCUGAGCACCUUGGACAUGUGAGGUGACUGGUGCGUGGAAUCUUAGAUUGUAUAUUCCUGAUUUCUGAAAUUAACAACCCAUCCGACUCGUCUUGUAUAUAAAUCUCAAAGCUCCAGAUUUAUUAUUAUCAUUUUUUUUUUUGGUUAGGGGGGUUUGUUUUACUGACACAAUAUUGUAAUCGGUUCACUGUCUACAAAUUUGUCCUGCGUGGACUCCAAAAUCCACUCAGGUUCAUCAGCACUGCUCUUUUUCUGCACUGUACCGUGUACAUUGAACAUUUUGCAUGGACAUGAAAUAUAGAUUUUAUAACUUGGGACCUGUUACAGGAAAAAAAACCCAAUAAGAACAGUAGUUCUAGUCCAGUAUACAAAUAAAAGCAUUUAUAUCUAAUUAUAAAAUGUUUUCUGUAAAUGCCUCUUCUUGUCGCUUGUGUAACAAAGUGGUCUUGCAUUUACUGUCAGGAGUUAAAACCUGAAGGGACUGAGGCAUUUG